GUUUCCUUCAAUUCCUUCUCACAUUUGAAACAACUGAAAUCCGACUGCGUUAAUCAGCAUUCGAUUUUGAAUUACUAUUCUAUUUAGCACUGUUGAACAAGUGGUUUUACCCACGUAUGAAUCGAGACCCGUUGCAUUUUACCGUUUACGUUCAUAUACAUUGUAUUUACUAUAUUUAAAUACUGUUUUUGAUCGGGCCACGCAUCUAGGGAAAACAUGGCUAUUUGAAAACAAUGUUUAGAAUAUAUUUUUCUUAUAGACAUAUUAACGUUUACAACAAAAAUCACAAAAUAUUUUAAGUAAUUUUAAAUUUCAUGUAAUUACUGUUAUACAUUAAUAUUAAAUCAAGACAAAUGUAUGUUUGUUAGGUUAGGCUUAAUCUUCUCAUGCAUAUGAUAACAAUCAAGAAAUGACAAAAUUAUUUAUUAUAUUUUAUAUUUAAGUUUAAUGCUGGAAUAUUUCUAAAUUUAUUUAAAAUUGUUUAAAAACGUACGUUGUUUUAUCAAAGUCACAAACAUUUUAUGAUGACGGAAAUUAGUUUAAGUGGCGGUGAAAAAACUUUUAUUCUUCAUAGUGUAGAUGCAGAUUUUAGGAAUGAUGGUAGAAAGCGAUGUGAGUAUCGUUCUAUGGAAAUUGAAACUAAAUUAAUGCCACAAACUCAUGGAUCUGCAAGGUUACGUAUUGGAAACACUGAUAUACUUGUUGGCAUUAAAGUAGAACUUGAUAUUCCUCAGGCUGAUAAGCCAGAUGAAGGAAAAUUAGAAUUUUUUGUUGAUUGUUCUGCUAAUGCAACGCCAGCAUUUGAAGGAAAAGGUGGCGAUGACUUAGCGACUGAAAUAAGUAAUACUCUUGUGAUAGCAUACCAAACACGUAAUGCUUUUGAUUUAAAAACAUUAUGUAUUUUACCUCACAAAAAAUGUUGGAAAAUUUAUGUUGAUGUUUUGAUUCUUCAGUGCGGCGGUAAUUUGUUUGAUGCAGUAGGAGUUGCAGUCAAAUCUGCAUUAUAUAGUACAGAAAUACCAAAAAUUACGGCUGCAAUGCUUGAUGGUGGAGAACCGGAUAUUCAGUUAUCGGAUGAUGCUUAUGACUGUAUUAAAUUAGACACUAGUAACUAUCCAGUAAUUGUAACAUUAUGCAAAAUUGGUGACAACUAUAUAGUGGAUCCGACUUCGGAAGAAGAAGUAUGCAGUGCAAGUAGUAUAGUAAUGUCUGUAUUACCAAAUGGUAAAAUUUCCUCGAUAGUUAAAUUGGGUUAUGGUAGUAUUCAACUUAGCACUUUCAACAAAAUGUUAAAGAUGGGACAAAUCAUAGGAUUGCGAUUGAAUGAAAGUCUUAUGAAAACUCUAAAAGAAGAAAAUCAACUUGGACGACAAAGAGAAAUAUUUGGAUUUCUUAGAUGAAUUAUGUAACACAACUAAAUUUUGCUUACAAAUAUAUCCUAUUUU